GCGAACGCGGUGUGCACCAACACGGCUGGGUCGUACGCUUGCAGCUGCGCGAGCGGGUACACGGGCGACGGGUUCACGUGCGCUGACCGGGACGAGUGUGCCGGGGACAGCAACCCGUGCGACGAGAACGCGUCGUGCACCAACACGGCGGGCAGCUUCACGUGCCAGUGCCGGUCUGGCUGGCAGGGCGACGGCGCGACGUGCGCUGACGUUGACGAGUGCACGACGGAGGACGCGUCGCUGGCGCACCAGUGCGACGCUGCGCACGGGACGUGCGUGAACACCGCUGGGUCGUACGAGUGCACGUGCGAGAGCGGGUUUGAGCUUGCGUCUGACGGGCUGAGCUGCAUGGACGUUGACGAGUGCGCUGAGAACGGCGGGGUUGGCCCGUGCGACGGCAGCCACGGGGUGUGCAGCAACACGAUUGGCUCUUACGAGUGCGGGUGCGACGCCGGGUAUGCGCUUGGCGCUGACGCGCACGCGUGCGAGGACGUGAACGAGUGCCGGAGCAGCGACAGCAACGGGUGCGACGAGAUUCAUGGCUCAUGCGUCAACGUUCCAGGCUCGUACGAGUGCGCAUGCGAAGCCGGAUGGCAGCUGUCUUCUGAUUCACGCACAUGUGAAGAUGCUAAUGAGUGUGCGGCAAACGGCGGUGUUGGCCCCUGUGACAGCGAGCGUGGCUCGUGCGCGAACACGAUUGGGUCGUACACGUGCAGCUGCGAUGCCGGGUAUGAGCUGGGCAGCGACGGGCACACGUGCGAGGAUGUGAACGAGUGCUUGAGAAACACGCACGAGUGCUCGCACUAUUGCAAGAACACGCGUGGGUCGUAUGUGUGCACGUGUCCUGACGGCUUUGUGCUGGAUGCAUCGGGCCACAACUGCUUCUUCUUCUUCUCGACCCCUGUUGGCGAGACUACCACGACAACGACCACCACGACCACCUCGACCACGACAACAAGCACAACGCCAACCACGACGACGACGACAAGCACGACGACGAGCGAGCCUGCAACGACGACGGCUGUUGCCUCGACGACGACAACAUCAGAGCAAGUGGCGACGUCUGCUGUUGGCCCGGUGCAGGUGCUGCUGACGGAGAGCCUGAGCUACGCGAACCUGAACUGCACACCUGACGAGAAGCAUGUGCAGCUUGCGGAGGAUGCGGGCGUGCGGGAUGUUGUGAUUUCGGCGUUUGCGUCUGUUGCGCAGGUGUCUGAGAUUGUUCCAGUGCUGUUUAUUUCUCCGGCGGAGCAAGCGCUUGUGCUGCAGUAUGCGGUUGUUGUGAAUGAGGAGGAUGUGGCAACUGCUGAGCAGAUCGCCAGCGACGUUGCCGAUGAAGUCACCAACAUCAUGAAGGGCAUCGAGGAAGACGAUGCGGUUUCGUGUGUUUUCUUUGUGGGUGUUGAUUUCACACGCAAGUCUGACAAAGAAGUGAUUCCCAACGACACGAAGCUCGAGAAUGAGUCGACGGGUGCCGGCAUCCCGAUUGUCGUUAUUGCCGGCGUGGCCGCUGUGUGCGUCCUGCUCGUGCUGGUGGUCAUCGCUGUUGGAGUGACACGGCGACGCCGGGCACAAGGCGGGUACGGUUUCAGUCUUGGCGCAGCAAAGGACGCCGAGACAGGCGACUUUGACAACCCGAUGUAUUCAACACGUCGUCGCAACGUUGGAUUUGAUAACCCAAUCUAUGAUGACCUGGAUGAUGGGGAAGAGACAGACCAUGACCACGAGCGUCGCGGGUCCCUGGAGUGGGACAGCUACUGAAUGAAGACUUGAGUCACAAGCUUGUGACCUCACAACCCCGGUUGCCGUGGCUUCCCUCUCCUUGUUCCAUCCCGUUCUCUGUCGUUGCUCGAGUUAUCUUUCUUGAUGCUCAGCAUUGUUUAUGGAUUUGUUCUGUGUCGUGCUUGAAUGCAACUACGUACGUGCUCCUUUCGUUGUGUGUCCUUUGCUGUUCAUGUCUUUGUUCAAUUUCGCUGCUCGUGUCUUUUCGUAUUUGCAUCUCAUUCUCUCCUGCGUGCAGGACACGCCCAUGAGUGUGUGUCUUGUGCGAGUCACAUGACAUCGUUGAUUCCCAUGCAACGGUGCUUCAGACGGUUUUAUUUCUGCUCUCAUGAGUAAACAGUACAAAGUCAAGC